UGGGUGGUGACGUGUACUGUAGCUAGCUCCCCAGUGUAGCUAGCUAGUCAGACGAGACAGUUUGACCGAGUUGUGUGAAAACCUGGUUUUAACCGCCUCAGUUACUGCUGCUUUCAAGCUUAUGUCGAAGGCGGGAAUUAUGCAAAGCCUCUGAGGACGCGAAAACGCCACGGGUGGAUUAUUAGCCGGAGUUAAUAUGAUGAAAGCAUCGCCACAAGCCUGCUUGAAGUGGCACAGCAAAAGAACGCACAUCUGUUUCAGCCUCCUGAACAAGGAGCGUUGAAAUCCAUGCAUAUUGUCAGAACCUCUGCGGUCAGACGGAGACGCUGAAGGGAGCAACAUGUUUGCCAAGCUGAAGAAAAAGAUUGCAGAGGAGGCGGCGACGGCGGCACCCAGAAGCGGAGUCCGUAUACCCCGGACCAUUAGCAAGGAGUCCAUCACCUCUAUGGGCGCAGACUCUGGGGAUGACUUUGCGUCUGACGGCAGCAGCUCCAGGGAUGAUUUGUCGGCCCAGCUACUUCGAAGAAACGAUCAGAUCCGGAAACUGGAGGCUAAGCUGUCAGACUACGCUGAGCAGCUACGAAUUAUGCAGAAGACCAAGGACAAGCUUGAAAUUGCUUUAGAAAGGCAUCAGGAUUCAUCGAUUAAGAAACUUCAAGAGCAGAACGAGUCUCAUCAGAGCAGCAGAGCCAAAAUGGCCGAGGGAAUGGCUUUAGCUCUGGAAAAAAAGGAUCAGGAAUGGAUUGAGAAGAUGGCUGAUGUAGAAAAAGAGAAAGCUGCCCUGUCAGCUCGGCUUGAGGAGAUGAUGGAGCAAAGCUUAGCGCUCUUCCAGAAAAGGGAUGACCUGGAUGAACUGGAAGGCUUUCAGCAGCAAGAGCUUGCUAAGGUUAAACACAUGCUGCUGAGAAAGGAGGAGUUGCUCAGCCAACGGGAGCAGGAGCUUCAACAGAAGGAGGUUGAGGUUCAGUCAGCGAAGCGAGGCCUGUCCGAGGCUCGGGGGAAACUCCAGGCUCUGCAGCAGCAGCACGAGGAGAGCUGCAGACUCAGCUCAGAGCUUGAAAUAGAACGAGAGGAACUGCUGCUGCUUCGAGAAGAAGCCGACAAGAAGAUCAGCGAGCUGGAAGGACGGUGCCAAGAGCUGCAGGCGGUCAUCCAGCAGGUUUCUGAGGACUUCCAAACGUCCCAGAACAUGGUGUCAUCUUUAGAGAAGUCCCUCCAUGAUUUACAGGCUGAAAAUGAAUCCCUGAGAUUACAACAACAAAAGGCUGCUGUAACGGAGGAGGAGAAGGAACGGCUGCUGGUAGAGCUUCAAAAGAAGGUCUCCUCCUUGGAGAGACGACUGCAGGGGAACCUGAGCCAAGAUGAACAUCUGCAGGAGCUCCUUCAGGAGAAGUCCGACCUCGAGUCAAGCCUGGAGGAGACCAGAGCAGAGUUGUUGCUCGUUAGGACCGACCACGCUGAAACCGUCAGCGCUCUCGAGGCACAGGCGUCUAAGAUGAGUGGCAGUAUCACUGAGCUGCAGACUCUUCUUCGCCACAAAGACGACUCCUCCAAGGCCUACAGGGACAGGACAGACGCACAGAUCGCCAUUCUGGAACAACAAGUUGUGGAGAGCACAGAGAGAAUGAAGUGUGCAGAGCAGCAGCUCUCAGAGAAACAGCAGCACAUGGAUAACCUGCAGGGGAAGUGGAAUGCUGAAAAGGCUUUUCUGGAGCAGCAGGUGUGUUUGUUAGAGCAGCAGAGAGAGGAGAGGGCCAGCCGGCUGGAAGAACGCGUCUCCUCUCUGCAGACAGACAAACAGUCCCUUCUAGACAGGGUGGCUGAGCUGGACAAACGGAUGGUUGAGGCUAACUCGCUUUUGAAGCAGCAGACAGAAGAGCUAGAGAACUGUAAGGCGGAGCUGAACAGCCGGCUGACCGUGAGCACAGAAAUCGCCAAAUCUCUGGAAGAAACCAGACGGCAGAAGGAGGAGCUCCAGACACAGGUUGCAGAGUUGACUGUGGGUCUGCAGAACUCGCAACAGGAACUAUCUACUGCUGCUAAGAAACUGAGACUGAGAGAUGAGGACGUCCAAACACUUCAGAAUGAUGUCCUGGUUUGGAUCCAAGCCUUCUCCAAAGGGAAUCAUCCGGCCUUCCAUCUCAGGCUCUUCCACUCCCUGGAGCUGAUCAGCAGCGGUUCUUCUUCUGCGGUUUUUAUGGCCGUUGGCAAACAUCGGGUGGCAUUGUUGGCUGAAGAAGAAAGGAAAAUGAAGGACCAGAUUAGCCAGGAGGAGGACCUCGUUGUUCAGUGGCUCCCAUUAAUGAGCAGAAUUCAUCUUUGGGCUCCCUCCCACAGCUUUCCCCCGCUCUCUGGUGGUUAAACGGCUGGGCUUGGGCUAUGUUGGAGACAAAGAAGGACCUACACAGUAUCAUAAAGGAAUCCCCACCUAGCUGCUGUUAAUUAAGUUUUAAUGUAAGGUGGCAGUCUCCUCAGUAUCCCGAGCUGCUGUCUCAGUUUACCUCUCCUGUUUGACACAAAUUGGAUGUUUUCCCGUCUCUGAUAGAAAACUGGCAAACUGUGGGAAGAAGCUUUAACGUGACUAGACUGUCCUCACUGGGCAGGAUUAUCAGCAUGUUAUUCAGUGGUACUUGUAUUUUAAAUCCCACAUGUUUUUUCUGACAAGUAAAAUGGUCAUAAUUACAAUUUACAGUGGCGUCACUGGACUUGGACUGUUUUUACUUAAAAAUCAAUUUUAUUUCACAGUUAUGUGGAUGAUCCCAAGUUUGAAUAGCUGUUUUUCUAAAAGUGUGUUUGCAAGCAAAUCAGUUUACUGAUUUGGGGUGCGGGUAAAUGUUUUUUUUUGUUUUUUUUUUGGUAAUCGUAAGCAACGUUUUACCGCCCACUGUGUGGUGAGUUAAAAACAGAAUGGCCUUAAUUUCAACAAUUGUUUUAAUCAUAUCCAAGGCUGCUCUUAAUGCUUUGUUCAGUACCAACGGUCCCAACCUGAGUGCCAGUGGGACGUCUCUGUGACUGCCUAAUACUGUUGUACUGUUUUAUAGCCGCAGUGCUAGCAAUAUAACCUGGGUCUGCUCAACAGGAGCAACUGGAUGUAAAAAAGAAAAUAAAAGGUGAAUUAUCUGUAUAUAAUCUGUACCUGCCUUUCCUAAUGUAAAUGAACUUACAUUCCAACAUGUCUAUUUAUGUAUAGAAAUCUGUACAUACUGUAUGCAUUAAGAUCUUUCUAAAUCCGUGGAUGUAAAUAGUUUGAUGUGAUGGGUUUGCUGUAUUUAUCAUUAGCAUUAACCAGAACUGAGCUCAGUCUCUGCUUCCACUUGUCAAUCAGUCCCCCUGCUUUGUUUCUUUACUUCCUACAUGAUUACUUUUAUUUUUUUUAACUUGCGUGUAUGUUUCCUCUUUUAUAUUCUGGGAUGCAGAAAAACCUUUUUGAAUGCAGUGUUGCGGUCUUGUUUUACUAAUGGCUGGUAGCAGGCAGUAGUCAUGCUGACUAUUUGGGAGAGAUGAAGUGUCUCCAGGGAGAUUCUAAACAGCAGGAGCACUUUGUGAUUUUAUCAGUCAAACUGUCUCUUGGCUCUAUUGUCCCAUCACUACAACUUCCAUUGUCUUGAGUUUUUCUAUUAUUUAAUGAUUGCUGCAAGUACAGUUGAUUGUUUUCCAAUGGUGAUUACAAAUAAAUCCAAAAGGUCAUAAAACCUGAUUUCUGAAUCCAAA